UCUCAAUUGUUUUGAUUUUUAACUAACUUGGCUUUUGAUUUAAUGUCUCACCAGCUAAUCCUUGCUUAUGAGAAUGCUUGGAAUACCUCAGCUUAAACCUAGGACUCGUAGGGCUAUCUACACUUAUCUGGGUAGAUAUUAAUGAACAUCAUUUCCUCCCCGUGGAACAUUUUACAGUUUUUUUUAUUGAUAUAUAAGUAUUUUUAAGGUCAUGUUUAUAUUGAAACAGGAAGAGUACUCACAUUUCAAUAGACACAAUUACACCCCAAUACAGAAUUAGCAAAGGCUUUGGUGGGCACGAGGAAACACAAGGAUUUGUGAUUUCAGGGUGAUAAGAAAAUAGAGGAUACCCGAUUUCAAAGCUUUGCUGCACACAAAUUCUUUAGCAAGGAAUGUAAACCUACCUAAUUGCUGGAGAAUAACUAAGCUUUCUCACGGUUAUAAUUUAUAGUUUCACUCACAUUCACCAAUAGUGAGAGGAGCUGCCCUCACUAGUUUGGUACCUUGGUUACAUUCCAUCUAUUUUGCCCUGUGUAAUAGGUAACUGCCCACAUUUAUCUACCCAUAAUCCACUCUGCUUACCAUAUGAGAAAACCUAUUGAUAGGGUUCCAUAGCAAUAAAUGGGUAGUUUUGUUUGGCUUUAUGUUUUAUGGGUUUUCUUGGAUUCCCCACUGCUGCAUUCUGAAAAAUGAAUCUGCCGUUGCCCUAUUCUCAAUGCCCACAGCUGGAUUGGGUUAGGAUUAUGAGUGAUUGCAUACAGCUGGUGUCCAUAAUUUACUAGUACUUAUCACCUGGCAGUGAACCAAUAACAACACUCUCCUCGUAGCUGUUAUUAUACUGUUACUAGUACCUCUACCAUAUACUUCUGAAUCUCUCCAGGAGUGUUGUUUUUAUCACUGCAAUUCCUGGUUGCUUCUAUAUUAUCUAUAUGCUUUCUGUACACUCAGCUGCUGUUCCUUGAGUUUCAUAAUGAAUGAUUCUGCUUCAUUCCUAUUGGUCACCUAAAGGAAAAGCACUAGUCCCAAUCCAACCCGAGGGAAAAAUCCACCUACCUGUUCCUGUUACAUUGAUCUGUUACUGCUAUAUACUCGUAGGGCUUACUCGUCUAAAAAGGCUCUAGGUUAUGGCUCUAAAGGUUGUGUUCUAGCACUUAUUGUACAUAUGAAUGAUGCUACAUUGUAUCCUUUUCCAAUCUCAAAUGCAACCAACCAUGUACCUAUUGAGGCCUUUGUUCCUAUUUGCGCUGCUUCUGGCGGCAGCAGCUGCUGCCAGUGCCAAAAACUAUAAUCCGCAUCACUCCAAGGAUUCCCUGAGGCUGAAACUCGUACACAAAAACUCCCUAAAUUCUCCCUUGAGGAAAACAUUCUCUUCCCCGGAAGAGCAUCUGGCCAACAUUAUCCAUGAGGACUCAGUCAGGGUACAUGGCAUGCAGAGAGUCAUUGAACAACAACAUUCCAGAGGUAGAGCGUUCCAGACUUUUUCCUCAAUCUGGGAACAGUCUGCCUACCACAAGAAGGAGUUUAAGGCCCCUGUAAUAUCAGGUGCGUCUGCAGGCUCUGGGCAGUACUUUGUGGAUUUUUACAUCGGAACCCCACCUCAGAAAUUUAUGCUGAUAGCAGACACGGGAAGUGAUCUCCUUUGGGUACGCUGUUCUGGCUGUAAAGGGAAAUGCCUUAGAAAGCCUGGAUCAGCCUUCUUUGCGAGGCGUUCGUCAAGUUUUAUGCCAGUACAUUGCUAUGCACCUGUUUGUGAACUGGUUCCCCCUCCCACAGAUCCUUCAUGUAAUCGCACAAGGGUCCAUAGCUCCUGCAUGUAUGAUUAUAUCUAUGCAGAUCUCUCUGAUAGCAGUGGGAUCUUCUCCAGGGAGACUGCAACCCUUAACACAAGUUCAGGGGAGAGUACGAGAAUCACCAAUGUGGCAUUUGGUUGUGGGAUGAAGAGUUCAGGACCUAGUUUUACAGGUCCAACAUUCGCUGGAGUACAUGGGGUGUUAGGGCUGGGGAAGGGGCCCAUCUCAUUCACUUCACAGCUUGGUAAACUUGUUGGAAACAGAUUUUCUUACUGCUUGGUGGACUACACUAUUUCUCCGCCACAGACAAGUUAUCUUGUAUUGGGGCAGCCACCUUUGAGGCGCUCGUUGAUGAAAUCUAUGAGCUACACUCCUUUUUUAAGGAACAGAUUUGCAGAGACCUUUUACUACGUUGGGAUUAAGCAAGUUUUUGUUGAAGGGGUUCUUCUUCCCAUCCUUCCCAGGGUUUGGAGUAUUGAUGCUCAGGGCAAUGGGGGAACUGUCAUUGAUUCUGGCACCACCUUGACCUACAUUGUAGAGCCUGCAUACCAGAUAAUCCUUGCAGCAUUCAGAAAGACUGUGUUGUAUCCAAGAGUCAGGUCUGUGCAGAGCUUUGAUCUUUGCUUCAAUGUCUCAGGUAUUGCCAGACCCCAAUUACCCAAGCUGACUAUUGUUUUCAUGGGCAAUGCAAGGUUUGAUCCUCCUCCUUCAAACUAUUUCAUCAAUGCUGCUGAUGAUGUCGAGUGCCUGGCAUUACAGGGUGUCUCUUCUCCUUCUGCUUUCUCUAUUCUUGGUAAUCUUUUGCAGCAGAACUUUUUUAUCAUGUAUGAUAGGGAGUUUUCUAGACUUGGGUUUGUUCAUACUGAUUGCUCUUCAUCUUAGGAUGUAUAUUUUUGCUUGGGAUUAUUGUUGUUUGAAGUGCUACCAUAGCAGAAGCAAAUCUCAUUUUCCUUGUCGUUUCUGACUAUGCUCUAACGCUGUUACAUUUUCUAGCCUGGCAUCUGUCAGGCAAGAAGUUUGUCUGUUACACAUUAUUUUCUAAGUGAGUCUAUCUAUAUGCCAAGUUUUAUGACUAUAAUGCAUCAUUGAGCAUUAGCUCCAUAUCAGCAUUGUAUGAGGGUCUUACAGUGUGGCAAGAAGCUCAUGAUUUGUGUGCUAGCUUGCCAUUUGAGUGAUUUAAACAGAAUGCAUUGUUGUUGCUUACUUUGCAUGGUACAAAUUGUUUACAAAUCUCCAAAUUAAAAGCAAUAAGAGCAGGCCCAAAGUCAGUUGAUUUUCUUAA